CUGGCCGUUUUGGAUGGUGAUGGAAUUCGGAUGCUGGCCUCUGUUCUGCAAACCACACAUGAUCCUGGAGCCUGUCCACUCUCGAAUGGUUACCAACACAAUGGCAUUAUGAAUGAUAGCGAUCCGUCGCGACAUUACAGCUCCGCUAUUUUCAAAAACUCUACGGGGGUUUUAAGGAAUAUUAGUGCGGCAAAUGCCAGUGCCCGCAAGCGGCUUCGUGCCUGUCCAAACCUUAUCGAAAGUUUGGUGCAGUUUUUGACUAUAGCUAUCCAACGAAACCAAGUGGAUUCGCAGUCAGUGGAGAAUGUUGUGUGUCUACUUCGAAAUCUGAGCUACAGGAUUCAAGAAGUGGAAGACCCAAACUACGAUCCUGCUACCGCACAUGUGCUAUACACUAAAGGAGGCAAUAAGUCGGCUCCCAAUAGCCCCAAGCCCAAGAAGGAGAAAGAGAAGAAGAAGAUAGAAGUUGCACGAGAAGCUGUCACUGUCAGUUUUAGUCUUUUUUACGUUCUGCGAAGUGGAACUUUUUGA